GUAACAAAAUUAGCAUUCUUGGAGAAACAGAAGUAGAAUCUGAGUCAUUUCUGCACAAAGAGGAAUGUGAAAUAAGUAAAGAAGCAACUCAGGAUCGAAACAAACGAGUGAGAGGUGGAAAAAGCCAGAAGAGGAAGAGGCUUAAGAAAGACAUUGGUAAGAAGACGAAGAAGAAAAGGAAAGAAGACAACUCUGUAGAAAAAAGCAAAAGGCUCCGCUACCAUGAUGAAGCUGACCAAAGUGCCCUGCAGAGAAUGACACGUCUGCGUGUCACUUGGACAGUGCAAGAAGACAGCCUGCUCAUGCUCUGCAGAAUUGCCAGUCAUGUACUAAAUGCAAAGGUAAAAGGACCCUUUGUUCCAUGGCAAGUAGUACGUGAUAUCAUGCAUGCCAGCUUUGAAGAGUCCCUAGAUAAAACUUCUCAUUCUGUUGGACGAAGAGCUCGUUACAUUGUCAGAAAUCCCCAGACCUAUCUUAAUUAUAAAGUUUGCCUUGCUGAGGUUUACCAGGAUAAAGCCCUCAUUGAGGAGUUCAUGAAUAGAGAAAAUAACUAUGAAGAUCCACAGGUUUGUUCAAAAGAGUUUAAAGAGUUUGUGGAAAGACUGAAAGAGAAAUUCAGUUCAACCUUGGGCAAUCCCAAACUUGAGAUUCCUGAUACUUUGCAGGAGCUUUAUUCCAGAUUUCGAGUUUUGGCAAUUGGAGAUGACACAAGUCAAAACACCAAAGAGGACAGUCUCACCAGCAUCUAUGAUAUUCAUUUUCUGGUGCUACAGAAUCUGAUUCAGAGCACUCUGGCACUCUCUGAUAACCAGAUGAAAUCUUGCCAGUCUUUUCAGACUUUUCGUUUGUACCGCGAGUACCAGGAUGACAUUCUGGUGAAGGCUUUCGGAGAGUGCCAGAAGAGAAGCCUGGUCAAUCGCCGUCGAGUGAACCACACGCUGGGUCCCAAGAAAAGCCGAGCUUUGCCCUUCGUGCCCAUGUCCUAUCAGCUCUCUCAGAGUUACUACAGAGUUUUUACAUGGAGAUUUCCCAGUACAAUUUGUACAGAAUCCUUUCAAUUCCUUGAGAAGCUGAAGGAUAAUGAAAAAUCCGACCAGCCGGAUAGCUUUUCAUUUAAAGAUGAAGACUCAAACUCCUCAGAAAGCAUGACUGCAUUCCCUAUGGAUGGGCCUGGAGGCCAGUGCGUGGCGAUGCUUUCCCUGUUUGCCUUGGGACUUGUAUCUGUGAAUGUGAGAAUCCCAGAGCAGAUAGUGGUGGUGGACAGCACCAUGGUUGAGAAUGAAGUGAUCAAAAGUUUGGGAAAAGAAGGACUGGAGGAGGAUGAAGAGGAGGAUGAUGACUUAGAUGACAAUUCUGGAGGCAAACGGAGAAUAGAAGUAAAAGCUCGUCAAGCAUCUCAUACCAAUUACUUGCUGAUGAGAGGCUACUACGCGCCUGGAAUUGUCAGCACACGCAACCUGAGCCCCAGUGACAACAUUGUGGUUAACUCCUGCCAAGUGAAGGUUAAGCUGCGAUGUACUCCCGUGCCAGGAAGACUCAGCUAUCCAGAUUCUUCUCUGCUUGAUAAGAUGGCUGUGGGAGUCUCUUGCCUCCCUAAAACGUUCACCAGACUGAUAAAAGUGCAAGAAGAAAAUUACGAAGUUGAUGGCUUUCUUCGUGAGUGUACAGAGUGUUAUGGCUACAGUCCCAGAGAUGUGGCUGCUGUUUUGGAGAUCCGUAAUGCAAUAGAGGCAACUUCCCACUUUGGGAUUGGCAAAGCUGAACUGUGCAGACAUUUCUGCAGCUAUGAAGAAACGGGACCUGAACACACCAGGAAUUUGCAGCAGUACCUUCAGGACCUCAUCGAAAUGCAACAAGUUUUAGAAGUAGGAGCCCAUUCCGUAAGACUGGUUGCAAUAAUAUUUGCCAAGCCAUGGCUACUACAUUCAGUAUGUCUGAAGAAUAAAUCAGAUGAUUCUGGUGAGCAAGGCCCAGACACCACUGCCUCAGACACGCAGCAGGAUUAUCUGCAGCCAGGACCAAAGAAUGGGGAGGAGUGCUUAACCGAGGAGGAACAGCCAGUAAAUGACAUAAAAUCUGUCAGUGAUGAAGAACCUCCAAGGAAGAGACUUAAGAUUCAAAACGAUGAGCUACAAGAUAGCAGCCAACUCUGCCAGGGUCCACAGAGCGGUCUGAAAAGUGCAAGUGAAAAUAACUCUGACACAGAUGUUACUGCUCCUGUUAAAACAAGGGACACUUCAGGUGCUGAUGAAGAAACAGACCCCUCGGGAGGGCAGGCAGACCCUGUAGCUCAAGACUCAGCAUGUGCUUCAGAUGCUGCCAGUGUGGACAUUCAGGAGGAACAAGACAGACCUCGUUCUGAGGACAAAGAUCUUCCAGCAGAGAAUGAUGAUUUCAGCACUGAGCAGGAGAAGCAGCUCCCUGGCCUUGAAAAUCCUUCCCAGGAACAGCAUGAUGAGGUUUCCCAUUUACAGGAGAACCCCGAAGUCUCUUCAGGAAGUUCUGUGACAGACCUAUCUCAGGCAGCCCGGGACAGGGCCUGCGAGAACGUCUGCUUCCUCGGGAGACCGUGGAGGAUUGUGGAUGGGACUCUGAAUAAGCCUGUGUGCAAGGGAAUGAUGGAGGCUGUGCUCUACCACGUCAUGACAAGACCGGGCGUAACGGAACGCGUGCUGUUGCAGCACUACAUGGGAGUGCUGCAGCCCGUCGCCGUCCUGGAGAUACUGCAGGGUCUGGAAGCCCUUGGUUGCAUUAAACGAUUCUACAUGAAAAAGCCAACAGUAGUGUCUCUUUUUUCUCAUCCAGUUGUGGAAGAAGAGCUAAACAAUCCCAAACUGAGUGAAAACCCAACAAUAUACUAUGAGCCUACCAUAGACUGCACUCUCAGGCUGGGAAGAGUGUUCCCCUGUGAAGUUAAUUGGAAUAAAUGGGUACAGAUGAUCCAUGUAUAAAAGGUUAGGCUGACACAUGUUAACUUGGU